GAGAAACGACGGUAAUUUGUUUAAGGAUGUAGGCACGGGUUUGAAGGAACAUGGGGUUUUAUCAGAGGUGGCGGCAGCUGCGGUUCCCAGGCUUGCAAACCUGCGGGCUACACACGGCAGCUGUGCCGACCCCUCCACACUGGUUGGCAGAGCGGCUUGGCCUUUUUGAGGAGCUAUGGACUGCUCAAGUAAAGAGGUUAGCAAGCAUGGCACAGAAGGAACACCGGACUAUUAAGAUAUCACUCCCUGGAGGCCAGAAAGUGGAGGCUGUGGCAUGGAACACAACCCCUUACCAACUAGCCCAGCAGAUCAGUUCAACACUGGCAGAUACUGCAGUGGCUGCUCAGGUGAAUGGAGAACUUUAUGAUCUGGAGCGGCCCUUGGAGACAGAUUCUGACCUCAGGUUUCUGACAUUCAAUUCUGCAGAGGGCAAAGCAGUGUUCUGGCACUCCAGCACCCAUGUCCUGGGGGCAGCAGCUGAACAACUCCUUGGUGCCGUCCUCUGCCGAGGUCCAAGUACAGAAUGUGGCUUCUACCAUGAUUUCUUCCUGGGAAAGGAGCGGACAGUCCGGGGCUCAGAGCUGCCUGCUUUGGAGCGGAUUUGCCAGGAACUUGCAGCUGCUGCUCAACCGUUCCGGAGGUUAGAGGUGUCUCAGGAUCAGCUUCGCCAGCUAUUCAAGGAUAACCCCUUUAAGCUUCGCCUGAUUGAGGAGAAAGUGACAGGUCCAACAGCAACAGUAUAUGGGUGUGGCAUGCUGGUUGAUCUUUGCCGGGGCCCCCAUCUUCGGCAUACUGGACAGAUUGGAGGACUGAAGCUGCUAACGAACUCCUCAUCCCUGUGGAGGUCCUCGGGUGCCUCAGAGACACUGCAGCGAGUAUCAGGGAUCUCCUUCCCCACCGCAAAGGAGCUGAGGGCCUGGGAAGAAUGGAAGGAGGAAGCGGAGUUACGGGACCACCGGCGCAUUGGGAAGGCACAGGAGCUCUUCUUCUUCCAUGAACUGAGCCCUGGAAGCUGCUUCUUCCUGCCUCGAGGGACAAGGGUGUAUAACGCACUGGUGGCUUUUAUCAGGGCCGAGUACACCCGCCGUGGUUUCUCAGAAGUGAAGAGCCCCACGCUGUUUUCUACGAAACUCUGGGAGCUGUCAGGACACUGGGAACAUUAUCAGGAAGACAUGUUUACCCUACAGCCCCCAGGCUCUGACGGGCCCGCCAGCUCCCCGAGUGACCACUCUACUAGCCAUCCCACAGAUACACUUGCCCUCAAGCCCAUGAACUGCCCUGCGCACUGCCUGAUGUUCGCUCACCGGCCCAGAUCCUGGCGAGAGCUGCCCCUGCGACUGGCAGACUUUGGGGCCCUGCACCGGGCCGAGGCCUCUGGCAGUCUGGGGGGACUGACCCGGCUGCGGUGUUUCCAGCAGGAUGACGCGCACGUCUUCUGUGCACCGGACCAGCUUGAAGCAGAGAUCCGAGGCUGUCUUGAUUUCCUCCGUUCUGUCUAUGCCGUCCUUGGCUUCUCGUUCCGCCUGGCACUAUCCACCCGACCGUCUGGCUUCCUGGGAGAGCCUUGCCUUUGGGACCAAGCUGAACAGGUCCUUCAGCAGGCCCUGGAAGAAUUUGGAGAACCCUGGGACCUCAGCCCUGGAGAUGGUGCAUUCUAUGGGCCUAAGAUUGAUGUGCACCUCCAUGAUGCCCUGAGUCGGCCCCAUCAGUGUGGGACAAUCCAGCUUGACUUCCAACUGCCCCUGAGAUUUGACCUCCAGUACAAGGGGCAGGCGGGAGUUCCGGAGCGUCCAGUCCUCAUUCACCGAGCAGUGCUAGGUUCUGUGGAAAGGAUGUUGGGAGUGCUGGCGGAAAGCUGUGGAGGAAAAUGGCCAUUGUGGCUGUCCCCGUUCCAGGUGGUGGUCAUCCCUGUGCAAACUGAACAAGAGGAAUAUGCCAGGGAGGUACAGCAGAGGCUGCAGGCUGCAGGGCUGGUCUGUGACCUGGAUGCCGACUCAGGCCUGACCCUCAGCCGAAGGGUCCGCCGGGCUCAGCUCUCCCACUACAACUUUCAGUUCGUGGUUGGCCAGAGAGAGCAGAGUAAGAGAACGGUGAACGUUCGGACUCGAGAUAACCACCGACUCGGGGAGCGGGACUUGACUGAGGCUGUGCAACGGCUGCUGGAGCUCCAGAACACCAGGGUCCCAGAUGCUGAGGAAGUGUUCUGAGCUUUUGUGUACAGAUGCGGCAGGAGCCGCCAGCCUCCCUUCAUGUGGGAGACCUUGACCUGACUGCCAGAGUCUGGAGGCCCCCAGACCCUUCAGAAUUCAUGUGGAGGCAUGAGUUUGCUCUCCUGGAAAGACAUUUGAUCCGGGGGAAGCUGUAGCUCUUUGGAUGUGAGGAGAGUGAAAGUAUAAAGAAUAAACUUGAAGCUCUCGGGUA